AUGAACGUCUCCAAAGCUGGAUUUGGACUGCACGCGGCCCGGCUGAGUCGCUCUGAACUGCCCUCGCUCCAACCCCGGAUCCUGUCGGGCGUGUCCGGCCUGCUGCGGCAGAGAGAGGCCCCAGAGACCCGCAACGCUGGGGGUCACCCCCCUGACCCCCAGGUCUCUCAGCAGCUGCAGGCAGAAGAGAAACGGGAGCCGCUGAAAAGCAAGAACAAAGGCCCUGGAGGGGACAAGGGGGCCAGGAAGAAGAAGCCGCAGGGCAGCCGGGUCCGAGAGGCGGCGCCAGAGAAAGCAGCAGCUGUUUGCCCCAGGGUCCCGGCGACCCCCGUCCUGCAGAGAGGGGGGCCGCCCGGGGGGGCCCAGGCGCUGCUUUGCGUGCCCGAGGCGCUGGCCGAGGAGCUGAGCCAGGCGCUGGUCAGUCUGGGUAUGGCCCUGGAGCAGGACUACGCCUGGGACAUCUUCACCAGCAUGAUGAGAAAACAAUCCAGCUACGUCUUCCGGAGCUGGGAGGUGCCGCGCGCCCUGACGGCCGAGAUGCGGGCGCUGAUCGUCGACUGGCUCGUACAGGUGCACGAGUACCUGGGCCUGGCGGACGAGACGCUGUACCUGGCCGUGUACCUGAUGAACGCCUACAUGAAGGUGGCGCGAGUGAGGGUCCCAGCCCUGCAGCUGCUGAGCGUCACCUGCCUCUUCCUGGCCUGCAAAGUGGAGGAGUGCACCGUCCCCGAGCCGGCCGAGCUGUGUUUCAUGACCGAGGACUCGUUCAGCCGCCGGGAGCUGCUGCACAUGGAGCGCAAGGUGCUGUCCCGCCUCAACUUCCAGCUGUACUACACCAGCCCCCUGCACCUGCUGCGGCUGCUGGGCGCCCUGGGCCGCUGGGCCCCAGAGGUCCAUCACCUGGCCAUGUACUUCCUGGAGCUGUGUCUGAUGGAGGCAGACUGUGCGGCGUUCGAGCCGGCCCAGCUGGCCGCGGCUGCCCUGGGCCUGGCGCAGCGGGUGCAGCAGGAGGCGGGUGCCGGGGGCUCGGGCGCCGGGCCGGAGGGCUCCACGCAGCUCUGCCUGUACAGCGAAGAGGCGCUAGGUGCUGUACAUCGCCCCAUGGCCAGGGCCGCGCUCCGGGCCAGUGGCUCCACCCUCCAGGCCGUUUUCCUGAAAUACUCGCGGCCCCAGAAGCUGGGGGCCAGCACCAGUCCGGCCAUCGCCAGCUCUGACUACCUCGCCCACUGCCGGAGCCCGGCGCCCUGAGCCCAGCAGGAAUGGGCCUGGGCAUCUCCACGGCAGCCCUGCUCGGGGGGGCGCUGUGUGUCCCCCCCGCCUGUGAGUGGCGAUUGCCCCCCCACUAGGGAAGGGGACUGGGCAGGCCAGGGGCCGUCGCACAGCUGGGGGGCUGAUCGAUAGGGAUGGGGAAAGGGGGGCGCAGAGGGAUGGGGAUUUUCUCUAAGCCUGUUGCUGCCCCUGGGUGCAGAGGGCUGGGCCAUGGGCCUGCGGCGGCCCUGAAGGGCUGGGAUUGGGGGGGGAGACUCCCGGCCCCCCCGCACAGGCCUUAAAAAAAAAAAAAAAAAAAAAGCAAGUGUGAUCAGGAACAGGCCGUGCACGUGUGUCAAAUAAAGUGUUUUAAUCACUCUGGAGCUAGCUGCUUGCGGGGUGUGACCGGGGAGAUGCCCUGGAGGGCCCCCCCCAGCUCUAGCUGCUCAGCCCUUGGCCCAGGCCGCCAGCAGCAGGCAGGUUUCUGGUGGUUUCCCCAGGUAGGGGGACUCAUUCCCUGGGGGGCAGGUUGGGUCAUCACUGGCGGUGGCUUAGACCAUGGUGGGGUCUGGCCUGAGGUCCGGGGGU